AAUCUACAGACAUGUUUAUUUAAUUUAUAUUCACAUUAAAUUGUACAACAUAUUGCAUUAAAAUCUAUGUUUAUAAUUUUAUUUUUUAUUCUGUUUUAUCUACUAAUGCAAAUCAAUUCUUGAGAAUGAUGUAAGAGUUCCAUCAAAAUUAAAAAAAAAACAAAUUUUCAACAAUUGAGACGCUAGAUGUAAAAUAUAUAGAAAGUUAUGACUGAAAUUAAAGAUAACAUAUUUUGGCCAAUUGUUUAUAGAAAAGAGUAUAAUGUAACAUUUUUUGGACUUGAAACUUUGCAUCCUUUUGAUUCAAAAAAAUGGGGACACAUAUUUAAAAUACUUAAAAAUACUUUGGGCUUAGAUCAAAAUAACAUAUAUGUUCCUGAUGAAAUUACAGAAGAGGAACUACUUACGAUUCAUAGUGCAAAAUACCUUAAAAGUUUGAAAUGGAGUUAUGUUGCUGCACGCAUAUCAGAAAUUCCUGUGGUUGCUUUACUUCCUAAUUUUUUAGUUCAGAGACAAUAUUUAAAACCAUUAAGAUUUCAGGUUAGUGGUACAAGGCUAGCUGGUGAAGUAGCUCGAAAAGAAGGAGUCGCUAUUAAUUUAGGUGGUGGUUUUCAUCAUUGUAGUAGAGAUCGUGGUGGAGGGUUUUGUCCAUACGCAGACAUUACAUUAGUUGUAAAUGAUGCUUUGCAAGAAAAUAACUGUAAAUUAGUGAUGAUUAUUGAUUUAGAUGCUCAUCAGGGCAAUGGAUAUGAAAGGGAUUUUAUGGGAAAUUCAAAAGUAUUUAUUUUUGAUGUAUUUAAUAAAAAUAUUUAUCCAAAAGAUGUAUAUGCAGAAAGAGCUAUAUCACGAGCUGUGAAAUUGGACUACUUUGUACAUGAUUAUGAAUACUUGACCUCAGUUGAUUGUGCUUUGAAUGAAUCAUUUCUGAAAGUUAAACCAGAUUUCAUCGUUUAUAAUGCAGGAACAGAUAUUUUAAAAGGUGAUCCGUUGGGGUUACUCUCCAUUACUCCAGAGGGAAUAAUACAAAGAGAUGAAAUGGUGUUCAAAUUAGCACGGCAAAAUAAUAUACCUUUGGUUAUGUUGACAUCUGGUGGCUAUCAAAAGACUACUGCAAAUAUCAUAGCAGCUUCGUUGCAAAAUCUAGUACAACAAGGACUAGUUAAACCUUCUUGUAUUAAAUAAUACAUGAUGUAAAUUAUAAAUUGUAUUAUUGUUCUGUUAAAUAAUGAAGGAUGUUCUAAAAAUCUGAACACAAUGCAAAUAAUAUUGUUGAGUAUCUGUGAUAAAGCAAUGCGAAGGAAUAUAAAUAACAAGUCUGUAUUUUAAUAUUCUUUACAUUUUGAUGAUAAUUAUAUAUAAAAAAAAUGUAUUAAACCAUUAAGUUAAAAAUUUAAAUCAUAAUUUAUUAAAAAUGUUAUAACAUUUAAGUAGGUAUCUUAAUCUACUUUUAGAUGUCUAUAUUGUAACCAUUUUUCAUGUUUAGAUAAAAAAUAAUUGUUAUUAUAUGUUUAAAG